AACCAAAAGCAGUCAGACGAGAGGGACGUCAAACAAAAUCAAAUGUGGAGAGAAGAGACGAUUCAGAAACAGGAAAGGAACCGUUUGACAAUACGCUAUUUAUAGAACAAAGAUCAUUUAAGAGAUCGUGGGAAUAAUUUAAAUAGACAUUUCGAAAAUAACACAUUUUUAGCAAAAUCUCCUGUUUUGUGGGUAUAAACGAAAGAGAUGGGGACAAGAGCUAGUCGUUUACAAGAGGACCCAGUGUCUUCGGCUUUCGUCAAAGAUGGCAUAAAGCGGGAUUCCUAUCGACGACCCCGCUGCAAUAGGCCCGCCAGUCUUAAGAUAGACUUUUCGGGGAGUUUUGACGAUUCGGAGACCAACCGUAGCCGAUCGGAGGAGGGCAGCGAUUCGGACAUAGGGCAACAGGCGAGCGCCGUUGGAAGCCCCGCCGACCACAACAGCCACCCAUCCAUCAGCCAGUCAUCACCAGCGGAAGACAACAGCGAAUGCAAGCGCGAGGAAGACUGUAAUAGCAGUCCCGAGGGUGCUGUCAACGAGGAACAUCUGCCUGGAGAGGAGACAGGCCGCGUGUCUCACCGCACUUUCUCUGAACGUUUACCCGGUAAUCGACACACUAACGGGCGCAACGUCAGCGCAAGAUCCGCACGAAUGAGAGGCAUCAAUCAACGCCCGGUGUCGGAGGCUUGGAUUGGCCUCUACCGUGUCAACAACCGACAUGAUAUCCGCUGUCCGUUCUGCUCCAAGUCUUUCUCGGGGGGCAAGAUUGAGAAUCACCUGUUGAGCUGCCUCACAUCUCCACCUCUCCCUUACAACACGGACGUGCUCAGUAAGGACAGCGGUGAGUGUUCCAUCUGUCUGGAGGAGCUGCAGCAGGGAGAGACCAUUGCCCGGCUGGCCUGCCUAUGUGUCUACCACAAGGGCUGUAUUGACUCCUGGUCCAAGGUGAAGCCAUGCUGUCCCGAACACCCUUUUGAUUGACUCAUUUACUCACCCUUUUGAUUGGUCACAUGUCCUGCUCAGGGACACACCUGACUCAGGAGACUGCAAUGUUUCUAUAAUUGCAGCAAAUAUAUUACGGCAAUGAAAAAUACCAGAGGCAAGCCUCCUAAUUUUACUGAACCAGACACAGCCCCAAAAGGAUGUGACCGCAGACCACUUUUUUCUCUUCGACCUGGUUCAGUCCAUUUGACCUGGUUCAGUCCGUUUGAGCUCAACUCAGACCACUAUAAAUACAGCUGGAAUAGACAGCCACCUGUCCUCUGUGAACAUAGCCCAAACUAUAAACUGCUGCACUCCAGAAAAACGGUAAAUCGAUUUAUUAUCAUACCAGGUUGACAGUCCUGUGAAAGUCCUUUUUAACUCAAGGAGGGGAGGAAAAAUGUGUUUUUGUUGCCCAUGCGUUCCUCUUCCCCUAAUGUGGACUCAUUCACGUUCCAGUGAAUAAAUGUUUCUGUCCAUAAAAAAAACAGCCCAUCUCUGAAAAUGUUAACUGUUCAUGCGUAAAUAUUGCAAUGCGUUGUUUUUUUAUAGCCCGAUGUUGGAAAGCAGGGCUUUAUUUUGUGGAUGGGGUUGCUGUAGUAGUGAUUGUAGGUGGUUUUCUAUUGUCACCAUGAUACAUUUCAGGAGAGGGAUGGUGGGUGUGAGUUGAUUGUUGAGUUAAAAGCGGAUGAUGCCAGUUUGUGUGGCUGGUUGGUGCUGAACCCACUGUGUUUUACUGCAGCUACAGUAGGUUGUUGGCAUUUCCCAGGCCAUAGUACUGGUGUCAUGCCCAUACUGAGCACUUUUUACCCCAAGGCUGAACUUUCUUCUCAUAAGGUGUGCUUGAUUGAACCACAGUUGCUAAUUUAGUAACAACAGUAGAGUGUGUGUGUAUAUAUGUGUGAUAGCGGUGUGGAUAGUCAAUGUCCUGGAUGACAGCGCCCGACUCUGGACAGCAGAGGCGAACUGCAGACUUCUCACUGGCUGUGUAAAUGAGAGGGGUGUGUGUGUUCUUAGUGCCCUUAUACCCUCUGGUUGAGAGAGUUUUAAUCCUAGCAUUGUUGCAUGUCAUUUCAGCAAGGAUUAACACCCACCAACCCAGAUUGAUCUGAAAUCGUUUCUGUAGUUAGAAACAGAUAAGAGUUCCUGAAUACUUUCCUGACACUACUUGUCUGUCAGAGAACUGAUGCUACAGUGCCUUCGGAAAGUAUUCAGACCCCUUGACUUUUUCCACAUUUUGUUUCAUUACAGCCUUAUUCUAAAAUGGAUUACAUUUAAAAAAUCCUCAGAAAUCUACACACAAUACACCUUAAUGACAAAGCGAAAACAGUAUUAUUAUUUUUUUUAAUUGCGAAAGAAAAUUUGUCAACAGAACUUGCAUACGUAUUCAGACCCUUUGCUAUAAGACUCGCUGCAGACCUUCAAUGUCUGCAGCAUUGAAGGUCCCCAAGAACACAGUGGCUUCCAUCAUUCAAAUGGAAGAAGUUUGGAAUCACAAAGACUCUUCCUAGACCUGGCUGCCUGGCCAAACUGUGCAAUCGGGGAGAAGGGCCUUGGUCAGGGAGGUGACCAAGAACCCAAUGGUCACUCUGACAGAGCUCCAGAG